AUGUUCUCGACCAUUGCUGCUGCCGCACCCGCGAAGCAGUCGGUCGGUGAUACCAUAACCGUCCUCAGUGGCCGUCUGGGCUCUGCCACGCUCCUCGAAGACCGACGUGCCGCCAUACUCGGCCUACGUAGCUUUGCAAAGGACUACCCUGCCUCUGUUGCGUCAGGCGCUCUACGAAGCCUGAUCGGGUGCUUGUCUACUGAUGGCGAAGAUGUUGACACCGUGAGAGUGGUGCUCGAGACACUGCUGAUGCUCUUUAGCCCUAAUCAGGACAGCCCCGAAGCAUCAGAAGACAUCGCCCUGUGGCUAGCAGAUGAGUUUACCCAGAGGCAAGAAAACAUCACAUUACUUCUGGAUUUCUUGGAGACCACUGAUUUCUACUCCCGCCUCUAUUCGUUGCAGUUACUGGUUGCUAUUCUUGCUGCCCGGACGGAAAGGACCGAAGAGUGUAUUUCAUUGGCACCGCUAGGAAUCCCCCGAUUAGUCGCCGUUCUUGACGAUCGACGAGAUGCCAUACGAAACGAAGCCCUGACUCUUCUCACAUACCUUACACCGUCUUCGUCGCUCAUACAACAGUCGGUUGCGUAUCAAAAUGCAUUUGACAAAACUUUCGAUAUUAUCGAAAUCGAGGGGUCGUUAUUAGAGGGAGGUAGGAUAGUGGAGGAUUGCCUCAUAUUCCUAGCUAAUCUUUUGCGUUUAAAUCCACCAAAUCAAUCCCUAUUUCGGGAGAGCGGGUGCGUUGGGAAGUUGGCCAAGCUGCUGGAGGGUACAUAUCAUACCGACAACAAGGAGGAGGAGGAAGAGGUCGCCGCUUGGGCUCAGGAACAACAGAACAGAAAUAUCUAUGCUUUGCUAGCUGUUAUUCGGCUGUUCCUAGUACCUGGGGCUGUUGGGACCUCCCAAAAUCAAGCGGCCUUCUGGCAACAUGGCGUGCUUUAUCAUGCCUUACAGGUUGCAUUCAGCCGCAAGGCUGAGAUGCCCAUCAGAGCAGAGGCUUUAACCACUUGUGCCGAUACAAUUAAAGGCAACACAAAGCUCCAGGAGAACUUUGCUCAGCUUCAAGUCCCAUCGGUAUUAGAGACAGCUGCGGCAACAAAUGGGCAGGCGGGCAGGCUAAAUGGUCUUCCGCCUAUCUAUGUAAUAGACGGACUGUUAGAUCUUGUCUUAAGUGUACCAUCAACCCAGGCCUUUGACCUGCGCGUAGCCGCGUGCCAGUGCAUCAAAGCAUACUUCUACAACCAUCCUGAAGUCCGGAUGCAUUUUCUUCGACGCGCUAUAGAAGGCCACGCCUCAGGUGUUGAUGAAACAGCGAAUGUACUAACUACGCUCCUACAACCUUUAAGUACCUCGGCCGCUAAUGAUCCGUACCGUCACUGGUUCGCAGCUACGAUUGUCUUUCAUCUCGUCUUCGACAACCCCGAAGGAAAGACUCUUGCUAUGUCUGUUAGCGAAGGAGAUGCGGAUAGUGGUGAAGAGGUGGUGACUAGCAUACAAACCAUUACUGCCCAUCUCGUGACAGCCCUCAGCAGAAAAGAAGAUGACCGCGUGUCCGUUGGGUAUCUAAUGCUAUUGAUUGGGUGGCUGUUUGAGGAUGUCGACGGCGUUAAUGAUUUCUUAGGAGAGGGCAGCAACAUUCACGCGCUGGCCCAAGAAAUUGUCCGCCAUCCUCCUAGUAGUGUCCUCGUGCAAGGGCUAUGCGCCAUGAUCUUAGGCGUCAUCUACGAGUUUUCCACAAAGGAUUCGCCUGUUCCACGUUCUACUCUUCAUUCAGUGAUAUUAUCUCGAGUUGGACGAGAGAAGUAUAUAGACACUUUGAACCAACUUCGAAGUCAUGCUCUGAUGAGAGAUUUUGAGGUUACGCCGCAGAAGGCAGAUGGGUCUGGAAAUCUGCCUGAUGUUUAUUUUGACGCAACCUUUGUGGAUUUCUUCAAAGAUAAUUACAGCCGCAUAGCAAGAGCCAUUGAUCGAGAUCCCGGCCUGGAGAUAUCUGUAGUAACGAAUGGCGUUCAAAAAGGCAUCUCUAGGGAGCUAGUUGACUCGCUACGUUCUCAACUUGAAGAGAAGGAGCAAGCGUUGCAAGCGGCUCUCAGCGACGUCGCGUCUCUCAAUGGGAGACUUGGUCAAGAACAAGCCGAUCACCGCCGUUCAAAGGAGGCAUCGGUCGCCGAACUUACCCGUAUCAAGAGUGUAAAUGAAGGAAUACAGCGCCAUCACCAAGAGGAACUUAAGAAAAUUGAGACACAACAGCAAGCCAGGGUUGACGAACACCAAAGACUACUUGGAGUGGCCCAGAAGGAAGCUGCAGCCGCUAUGGAGGCCCUGCGGGCUGAGCACAAAACCAAAGAGGCCGAACUGCAGAGGCAAGUUGAUUACGUUCGGAAGACAGCAGAGGCCGAGGCAGCUCGUGUCCAACGAAGAGCUGAAGCUGAGAUGGCGGACCUUCGCGCUACUAUCAGUCGUCUUGAAGUUGAUCUUAUGAAGGCCAAGAAGGCUAAAACCCAAGAAGUAGAAGCUACUCGCCGUGAACUUAGCUCUAAACUAUCUGCCGAGGAGUCCAAGACCAAAUCCGCAGAGAAGCAGGUCGCAGACUUGGAGAAGCAGUUGUCGACAAAACAAGAAGAAAUCAAAGAGGUUCAAACUCGAUUGAAGGAGAAGGAAACGCAGCAAUCGUCUACACAAACAGAAUUAGAUGAUCUCCUUAUGGUCUUCGGCGACUUGGAAGAGAAGGUUGAGAAAUAUAAGGAACGACUUAAAGGCUUAGGGGAAACGGUAUCAGAUGGCGAAGAAGAUGAGGAAGAUGAUAAUGAUAACGACGAUUCCGAAGACGAAGUAGAUUAG